GAAAUGUUUUCAUUCGAAGUUUUUUUUGACAUGUCAUCCGAUUUUCCUCUCAAAAUGUUAUCAAAUAACAACAUAUUUUGAUAACAACUAUGUUAACUGUUUAAUGAAGUACCAUGGUUGCUGAAAAAGCUUUAGAAGCCGCUAAGCUCGGCGAUCUGGACCUGCUAGAGUCGUUGAACUUGAGCAGGUGCCUAAAUGAACAAGUGGCUGACGGUGUUGGGGCCACCUGUGUACAUUAUGCAGCCAGGGCUGGUAAUUUAGAGGUACUUGAAUACCUUGUCACUCAGUGUGGAUUUCGUGGAAACAAGCGGAGUAAGAUCGGUGCUACAGCGGCGCAUGAUGCUGCAGCCACAGGGAACUUGGAAUGCCUGUCAUUCAUGCUGGAUUUUUUAAAGACGGGAUGUCAAGUUGAUGAUACCGAUUCCACCGGUGCCACUAUCUUACAUUUAUCGUCACGAUUCGGACAUUAUAGCGUUGUGCGAUGGAUCUUGGAGAAUACAGAAUGUAACGCUACACAGAAGACAGCCGUCGGAGCACUGCCAUUACACUUUGCUGCGGCGAGAGGAGAUAUCCGAAUAGUUCAGUUGCUGACACGGCAAGCGCCGAGCACAGUCAACAUGCAGAUGAAUAAUGGCGUAACGUCUGCCUACCUGGCCUGUCAGGAGGGUCACCUUGAUGUCCUCAAGUUCCUUGUCCUGCAGGCGGGCGCCUCAAUCAAGAUCCCCGCCCAUGAUGGUAUGAUGUGCAUCCACUCAGCAGCACAGUCGGGAAAUAUUCAAAUAGUCUCUUAUCUGGUGAAUGACCAGUACAGUGAUCCCAAUGAGCGGGACUGUGAAGGCACUACCCCGAUUCACUUUGCCGCCAGCAAGGGCCACACCAAACUAUUAACAUGGCUGUUGCUUAAUGGCGGGAAAAUUCUGCUCGAUAACCUGGGCGGCUCGCCCUUACAUGAUGCUGCAGAACACGGGCAAAUGGAGAGUAUUACCAUCUUACUGGAGCACGGCUGCGAUCCGUCUCUUGCUGAUAACAACGGCCUGACAGCAGAAGAAUUGGCCGAACACUGCCUUCAUAGAGAGUGUGCCAUCUUGAUCAGGCAGUUCAGACCUUCUGAGCCCAACGGCCACUUGUACAACGCCACCAAUCAAAAUAAUGGGAAUGGUUACACGACUGGCGGGAUGAAUGGUCAAAACGGGAUGAAUGGUAUAAAUGGUGGGAUGAACGGUACAGAUAACGGGAUGAAUGGUAUAAAUGGUGGGAUGAAUGGUAUAAAUAACGGGAUGAACGGCCAUGAUGGGAUGAACGGUCACAGCAGGAUGAACAAUACCAACGGCCGGAUGGACUUCGAUGACGGUUUAAAUUCAGAUCUAAGAAGUACACAGAGUUCCAGGAAAGGCCAUUCUGAUCGCAGAAUUCAAGAUCAUGAGCCUGGGUCUUGUGUCCCAACGACCCUCAUAGUUGAAGUUGAGGUUCAUAGAACGAACACUGGUGUUGCUCCUGCCAAGAGACAGUGCUUCUCAGCGGAGACUGGCGAGACCGUGAACUACCAACAGAUGUCGCAACCAACGCGCCCUGUCAGCUAUCCGCCAUCUACCAUCUUGAGCGACACGCACAGCGAUAUAUCAUCAACUACAUCGUCGCUGAGUACGUUGUCGUACCCGGACCACAGGGUGGAACAUGAAAACAAUAUGCAAAGAUCGCACUCCGACCAUCAUCAACGCAAUUCAUAUCACCAGAAGGAGGAGAAUUAUGGCCCGCAGUCACCUUCUCAACUUGCCCCACCAUCAAAUCAACGAAACCGCUCUGUUCUCGGAAGAUUCCCGCAGAAUCAGGAAAACGGCGAAUCUGGUUACGGUGCCCACUGGUCUGAACAGAGGGACCAGAUGGCAUAUAAUCAGCCUGCACCGGCCGUUGGCCUCGCCCCAUCUGCAGGGCCACCUGUGCAGAAUUCCUCGACGUUCGAGGAUCAGAUUCGUCGGCAGAGUUUGAGGGUGCAGAGCAAGAGCGUUGCGUCAGGUUAUUCUGACCAGACGGAUAGUGCGCAUGUUCCACCGCCUCCUCCACCAAUGCCACCACCGACACCACCUUCCCUGGCACCACCUGCCCCACCGGUGCCAGCAGUCGGCUCAGUUAAGGAGAAUGUUGCCAAGCUUGCUCAAGCUCAAACGUCAAAGCCGUACCAGUUUAGUGAUUCCCACAAGAGCACGCCGAACAAACUCAACAGCUCGAUGCAGUCGCCGUUCAAACAGCGGCCGGACAGCUUGCUGAAAGAAAAAAAGUCAAAAACGGACAGCAUCAUUGAGGAACUGAAGUCAGUCAACAUGGUGGCAUCGUUGCGCAAAGUGCAGAAGGAUUCUGCCGUUGUGUUCGAUAGCUCGCGAAAGAAGACGCCGACUUCACCUGGAACGUUGCCAGGCAGUCCGGUGAUCUCCGGAAAUGUUCCGUUAACACCGGACAUGCCAUUUGAAAGUUUCUUAGAGCAGGUGUCGGACAAGGACCAACGAGGCAACGAAGUUCCCGCAUGGCGAAAACAGCUGCUCGCUCGUCAGAUGAUGGAGAAGGCCAAGAAGGAAUACGAACAGAGGCAGAAGGAACUUGAGGAACAAAGAAGGAUCGAAGAAGAAGAAAACAGACUGAAGAAUAUGCCGCAGUGGAAGCGUGAUAUGUUACAACGAAAGAAGGUGGAGACCGGCGAGAAUAGCCCAGCAUCACCUGCAGAAGUGGAUGGCGCAUCGGAAACAAAGUCGGUGCCAGUCACACCGACAGUUGAUGAUGACGGGAAGCCCAUUCCACCCUGGAAACAGGAAUUUAUGCAGAGGCGAAAAAGUAAAUCUCUUGAGCCUCUGAACAGCAUGUAGUACGUAUGAUUAUGUUGUCAUGGCUACAAAUGUAUAUGAAUUAUGUUGUGAAUUGUUGUGGUGUAUAAUCAUGAUUAUAUUAUGUUUUUAUGCUCAGGUUUCAACUCUCCCUCUAUGAACAAGGAGGCCAGGUAUUACUUAAGUCUGGGUAUCAUACCCGAGCCUGUUCAGGAAUCGAUCAAAUAGUGAUAUGACUCAAGUUUACCCUGUCCGACAUUUCUAUAGAAUCGAUCGACCUGUGCCUCUCCCUUCGCCUUUAAUCUAGACAUUUUAAAACUGAACCACAAAAAAAAUUGUCCUACAUGUAUCCUACAAAUAGAUGGGGGAGAGUUGUAAUAGCGGCCUAUGCUUUUAGAGGAGCAAAGGGCUAGCAAGUAAAUACAUGUAUGCUACCAAUUAAAGUGAUAUCUCUGUGAUGUUCUAGCUUUCCUAGUUGCCUUACAUACUUUAUAUUCUCUCACCCAAAGAGUGCAUUUUCAGAAGUUUUAGGUCUUUAGUUUUGAGUGCCUUGAAUCUCAAAAAGAUCAUUUAGAGAAAUCUGCUUGAUGUCGUUUGUUUUUGUGUUCAUUGAUGUUGUUUAUGAUUGUACUUUUGACAUGUUUGAGAUAUUUUAUCCUUGUGUUCAUAGGGUGCACUUAAAAAAUUGGUGUGUUUAAUGUAACUCUACCUACCGGUUCUCAUGCGACUCCAUUGGCUUCCUGUUAAAUACAGGAUUGUUUUCAAAGUGCUUUUAUUUACAUAUAAGGCAAUACAUGGAGUCGCACCUGCGUACCUGUGUGAUAUGGUCAGACUGAGGCACCAUUCCACCUACCAUCUCCGCUCUGUUAUUGCUCCAACUUUGGUGGUCCCUCGCACUAAGUGCAAAACCUUUGGUGACCGUUCUUUUUACAAGUCAUCACCGGUUCUAUGGAACCAGCUACCUUCCAACAUCAGGCUUGCUGGUUCCAUAGACAUUUUCAAAACUCUCCUGAAACAACACCUUUUCAGGGAGUGUUUUGCUUUGUAAAGCGCCUGAGAAUUUAAGUUUUUCUUUUAAUUCAGGCGCUAUAGAAAUUCUUAUAUUCAUUCAUUCAUUCAUUCAUACCGAUAGAUAACCCCCCUCCUAUAAAAAUUUUGAAUCGGGGGAAAGAAAAAUUUCUCAAAUAUUUCAUUUCUUCCAUUGUUUUGCACUUUUUCUUCAUUUUUAAGGGGUCUUUUGGGAUUUCUGGAAAAUAUUUAUUGUUGAUAAGAAAAAUUAUUUGCCUGCCUACCUACCCCAAAGUUUCUGGACAUGUAUGUUACUUGCAACAAACAAGAUCUUAAGGAUGACCUAGAUGAACUGAGACAUUCCAAAAGAGAUGUCGUAAUAGACAUCUCAAAUUGUUCGUUGUCAGUCGAGACUGUGAUCCUGAACUGUGGCGGUCCUAUGGCGAAUGAAGCAUAUUAAAAACUUCGGGUGUUGUCCAGAUCAGACUUUUGGUUGGACAACAUCUAUCAGAUGUUAAAAGCCUGCCAGGUGCCAAUGGGUGGGGUGCAUUGGAAAAUUUAUUUUGUGAUAUGGCUAAACUUUGAAAGGAACUCAUAAACCUCAAUGGUUAAAUAUGUAUUCUAGAUCUGAUGUCUUGUAUAUAGGUAGCAUUGUGUGAUAUUGAACCGGGGCGCAAGUAUUUCUCUUUAGCGAUUUAUUCAACUUUUCGACUUUCACCGCCCGAGAAAGUCAAACUUCCAACUUCCUAUUCGAGUUCAGAUUUGUAGCUCCGCGCCCAGUGCCCGAGCAUGCGCAGUUCAAUUUGUUAUUAUUGAGAAUCAUGUGAGAAUCACGUGAGUCAUGCGAUCUUUCAUUCAUGAGUUUUCGUAGUAAAUUCCAUAGUAGUGACGUCACUCAAUGAUUGACAGCUAGGCGCCAUGUUUCAUUCAUGCCUCGUUCUGAUCACCCGAUACGCGGGAAAUGAAAACGAGGUCAUACGAACUGGCUUGGCGGUUUCAGUUCCCUUUAAUUUUUAUUGGGAGGAUCAGUAUUACAUGAAUUUUGAGUGAUAUGUAAAAAUGAACCUUCUCAAUUCCUGUUUCAUUGACUGGCAUAGCAGAUCAUUAUUAGAUAGAUUCGGUCUGAUGAACAUGUGGACGAUAGGGGCCCAAAAGGUACCAUUCACAAACUCGCGUAUGACUUGAUGAUGUAUCAAUUGCUAUGAUACCGACAGAGGCCCAGGAAAGGGUUGUUUUGCUCGUAAAAAAUUUGCCUUAACUUUGGCAACUGCUGAGGUUCUGUGAGUUCUUAAACAUAUUUUUAUAAAUGUAUUUCACGUUGUGUGGUAUUUAUACAUGUACUAUUAUACAUAUAUAUAUUCACUUUUGGUGCACCGUCCAAAUAAUAUUAGUACCGGUAUCGUAAAUUUGUUAAUGAACUAUCAUUCCAUGUAUAUUUAUGGUCCAAUGUAACUAAUUAUACAUUUUGUUGUAUAAUCAGUACAUUUUCGUGGAUUUUAUUUGCUUUCUACAUGUAUCUUCACAUAUUCCACUGUGUAAAUGGUUCAAUUGGGCGAUUAUAAAUUUGUUGAAAGUAACAAGAUUCCAUCCAUGGGAGCCGAAAUGAACAAAGCUUGCAAAUAUUUUUGUUGAUUGAGAAAAAUAUGUUUCCCUAUAAUUAACUGACCUAAUUUUGUUUAAAAAGGCCCUUGAACCAGUCUGUGCAAACGUGAGUUUCACGUACCUGGUUAAAGAAAUGGCUGUAUUAUCCUCAUUUCACUGUACAUACAUUAUAUGUUAGUAUGUGUGAUAAAAAAGCUCACUUCUAUUGGUGAAACAAAAAGUAUUGAGCUAUCAUCGGUAUUUCUUUGUGUAUUUUGUCAUUCCAUCCCUUAUAUAACACAUGGAAAUAAAAGACUGCAGACUGUGUGUUUGGGGUUUGUGUAGCUUUACCCUUUGGCAACUAAGUAUGAAACUAUAAGGGAGCAUAUUAAAGUAGGUUGAAGCCUAUGGAGACAAACAUUUUUUGUCUGAGCUAUAUUUAAUAGAACAGCUAUUCGAGUGCCAUCUGUCCGUUGGUCCAUCCAUCUGUCCACAUGGGCACAUUUUGUAUUCAAUUGGGCUAUUGACUGAAACUUGGGUGAUGAUACCUAAAGAGCCUUCUUUUUGAGGUCUAAGGGCACAAACUCUUACAUUUCAUUGAAUGAGGCAUGUUUUGUCAUCAUUUGUCCAAUAGUAUUUGGAACUGUAGAAGCAUGAUACAGGCAUCUCAAUAUGUUAACAAAAUCGAGGUUGAAAGUGAUCUACUAAUCUACUUCAGUGCCACCUCGAGGAUGGCCAGGGUUGGCAAACGUUAAUUUAUGGAUGUGACUGAACUGAACAGAAGUGACCUACUCUUGGAGAUGCUCUAUCAGUAUUUAGAUGAGUUGGUUGCUGAAUGAUGAAAUGGAAAGAAUAAUAAUAUCCUAGGCAGUGGGAUGAUAAAAUUGUGGUGCAUCGAAUCAAUUAUUUUUGAUUGGCGGGAAUGGCAAUUCUACUUAUAAUCUUCUCACAUUCCUGUUCUAUCAAAUUGGAAUAUAUUUACACAUGUACAUGUAUGUUGUUCUCUACAAAUUUUGUGAUAAUUAUUGUAGACCAUCUGGCCUUUCCGCUCUGAAUGACUAUGUAAUGUGUCUUGCAUAAUUUGACCAAAUGACCAUUUGAUUAAUGCAAUUAUCUUUAAAUUUGAUGUCCGAAAUUAACGGAGAGGAGGGGCAUGUACACGUAUACCAUAGAGAAUGUUCCGAAUGUUGUGAGAGUUGGAGUCAACUAUAUGCGUUUUCUUGGAUUAUCAAAAGCUUUUCUUUGCCUCCUUUGGGCGUUUUAGAUUGUGUUUUCCUUGGUAAUUUCUUCUAUAUCAGGCUUUCCUUGACUAAAGAUAUGCAAGACUCAUAUAACGUUUCUUCUUAAACUAUUGUGUUAAGGCAAUUUAGUCGUUUGAUGAACGCCUGUACAAAAGGAUGAUUUAAUACCUGUGAGGUCACGCUUUAUGUACAAUUCAUGUUUACACAUGUAACGUGUCACUGUUAAGUUUUAAAACAAGUCAUCUCAAAAAAUCGGGCUACAUACGAUUCACGGUGUCACUCUCAUCCUCACGUUUUCAAGCCACUGUUAAAUCGUGACAAGUGAUAAGAUGAAUCCUACAGAACUCUGGCCUAAUAGGCUGUAUAACAAACAUUCCUCAACCGGCUAAAUUGCGUCGACACAGUUUUAUGUACAUGUAUGAUCUGUGUAUAUCAUGACUAUGGUUAAGACAACGAAUAAACGUUCACUUUGAUGUCUAA